AGGAGCUUCGUUAUCAGGAGCGGCCAGCAGAAGUUGCAGCAGGUAGAACUUCAUGUCCACCUGGAUGGAGCCAUUAAACCAGAAACCAUCUUGUACUUUGGCAAGAAAAGAGGAAUUCAGCUACCUGCCAACACUGUUAGUGGCCUGCUGCAGCACAUAAGUUACAACGAGCCACUCACUCUCACCCAGUUUCUAGCAAAGUUUGCUCAUUACAUGCCUGUGAUCGCGGGAGACCGUGAUGCUGUAAGAAGAAUAGCUUAUGAAUUUGUAGAAAUGAAAGCCAGAGAAGGCAUCAUCUAUGUUGAGGUCAGGUAUAGCCCUCACCUCCUAGCCAACUGCAAAGUGGAUCCUAUUCCAUGGGGCCAAAAAGAGGGCGACCUCACUCCAGAUGAAGUGGUUCACCUCGUUAAUCAGGGAUUGAAGGAUGGAGAAAGGGAUUUCCACAUCAAAGCCAGGUCUAUUCUAUGCUGCAUGCGCCAUAUGCCAAAUUGGUCCUCCGAAGUGGUGGAGCUGUGCAAGAAAUACCACAAUAAUUCAGUUGUAGCCAUAGACUUGGCUGGUGAUGAGCUGUUGAAGGCUGAAACCGACCAAGGUCAUAGGAGGGCUUAUGAGGAAGCUGAAAGAUGUGGCAUUCAUCGAACUGUCCAUGCUGGGGAAGUUGGGCCUCCAUCUGUCAUCAAGGAGGCAGUCAGCUUACUGAAGGCUGAGCGGAUUGGCCACGGAUACCAUGUCAUGAAUGACCCGGUGCUUUAUAAGGAACUGUUGGAUAGGAGAAUGCAUUUUGAGACCUGCCCUUGGUCCAGUAACCUCACUGGAGCAUGUGACCCGGACUUUAAGAAACACCCAAUAAUACAGUUUAAGAAGGAUCAAGCCAAUUAUUCUCUAAAUACUGAUGACCCGCUUAUUUUCAACUCCACAAUCAAUACUGAUUAUAAAAUAGCUAAGAAAUACAUGGACUUCACUGAAGAGGAGUUCAAGAGAGUUAACAUCAAUGCAGCUCAAGCCAGUUUCCUGCCUGAGACAGAAAAGAAUAAACUUCUCAAUAAGCUGUAUGAAGCCUACGGGAUGGCCCCCAAAAAAUCCUGACUUGGCCUCUACCAGCCAGCAUGGUGCAGUAACCUCUUCCCACGUAGAAGUGACUCCUCUGUGCGCUAGUGGGAGCAGCAGGGAGGAGGUGUCCCAGCAUCAGCUCCUAAUACUGAUAUUACUAUGCUAACAUUUCCAGUGCUACACAUACAUUAUAAAGCAACAUUUCCAUGAUCCCUACAGUAUAUACCUACCUACAGCAACCGCAUAUCCUGGUGCUACAUUAAUUGAAACCUAAUUUUCUAUAAUUAUGAUAUGCAAACUUAUUGGUGCAAUUUUCUGGCCUAACUUUGUUGUGGUUGACACCUGUUUUUGUAAAACGAUUUUAGUGAGAGUGGUGACCUUUGCUAUGUGACUUCAUGUCACUUCAGUUCCUCUGCCCUCACUCAUCUGCCUUAGUCCUUGUCUGCACUACAAAAAUAGCCAUGUUUAACUGUGGUCAUAUUCAAAUAAUUUUUUCUUGUCUGUAAUCUUACUACAAGAACCCUGUGUUAAUGCUGAUAGGUACCUAAAAUCAAAUGACAAGGUUUAUUGUCUUUAAUGGUAAGAAAACAGUUAUAGCAUUGUUUGGCCACUUUUAUUUUUAAACAUGGUUAAUCUUGUAUUGUAAAUGGAGACUGUGAACAAGACGGAAACCCCAGCAGUUGUUCCACUGAGGUCUUCUUCUUCCAGCAAUGUAGUAUUUUUUUAAUUUAACAAUUUAUUUUGCACUUUUUGGUUUAAAAACAUCUGUAAAAGAGGGCCUUCAAUUUCCAGAAUGUCACUUAAUGAAAAAGCAUGCAUCUCAUUGGCUACAGGACUCUGCAGUGUGCAUUGGGAAAGCCCAGAAACCUGCUGAGGGUUUUUUUUGCCUGUCCACACAUGUAAAAACUGCUUUAAAUUUAUAACUUCAGGCCAGACUCUUCUCUGGGAUUCCCCACUCUGGUAUUCUGCAUCUAGGGGAACUCCUGAGAGCUUCAUUUUGUUUUUAUUCUAUUUUCAAGGAUCUUAAAAAGAUGGUAACCUUCAGUUGUCCAGCUCUCUUUCUGACCUACGAUAAUCUAAAAGCACCAUUAAUAAAUGAAUGAACUAAAUGAACAGAUUAGUAAGAUAGGGUCCAAUAUCUAUUACAAUGACCCAAAUAUUUUCUAAACUGCUUGUGCUAUUAGCAGAGUUCUUGCUGGAAGUCACAUUUUUAGUAUGUUCUGAGAAUUUUCAAAGAAAAUGUUAACCAGAGUUCUUAAGGCAACCUGGUGCUUUAUGACACCUCUCUUUGCAACAAAAUGAUUGCAUCUUUGGUUUACAGUAGAUUCUCUUCUGAGAGUUUGUCUAAAGAGUUAAGAAAGGUAUGUGUGUGCUGAGUGCUUCAGUAUAGCAAGGGACUGCAGAAACCUGUACCACAAAGCUACCAACACCAAAACUGCCUUUGAUAAAGGGCUGUAUUUAUCAUUAUUGUGGAUAUUGAAAGAUGGCUGAAAUUGAAGCAGUCAGUCUCAGACCUCAAGCCAGGGAAUGGGAUUCUUCCACUCUUUUCUAGGCUUAUAAUACUUAUUUCACUUGGGUUAUAAAAUGUUCUUCUUAUAAAUACACUCUGCAUAUAUAUAUACACAUAUAUAUGAAAAUGAAUUAUUUUGUUAUUUUUAUAAGGCAAAUACAACAUCAGUUUUAAGAAUGGUGACAUUGUUUGAACCAGUUUCCCUUUCUCUCAUAUUUUUUGUAAUAUCUCAAAAAUUCACUUUUGAAGAACAACAGUUCACCUCCUGGAGACCCAGAGCAACCUGCAAGUCUGGUUUAAUAAAGUAACAAGUUUGUAUUAAAAGUGCUUCAGAGUUCUGUUUGACAAGAUAAGGAAAUUCUCUGUACUGUAGCUCUAUGUGACCCGGCUUAGAAUUGUCAGGAUAAUGGUCUUUGAAUCUCAAAUGCAUUUUUAAAAGGUAUCUGUCAGCAUUUUGCCAAGAUAUUAAAAAUUAAACAAAAAAAUCCACCCACCUUCCAACCUCAAUAGCUGUGAUGACAGCAGGAGCUAGAAAAAGUGUCAAAUGUUGCAAGGUCUCUUUGUUGUCCUAAGGACAAUUUUAGAACUUUCUUCUCUCCUGCAUUUCUUCCAGUCUGUGCAGACGGUCACAAAAGCAGUGGGGUCAGCGCAGUUGCCUUCCUCAGUGUCAGCCAUCUCCUAACACACCCCAGCUUUUCUCAACAGGCUCUUGCUGCUUGAAGAGAGCCGGAAAACCAGACAUGUGGGGAAAAAAGAGGAUGAUGGGAUCAACCUGCUCUUCCCACU